AUGGCCUCACAGAAGGAUGCCUCUGCAUUGUCUACAUAUGGCUCGACUACGGGACCAACACAGCUAAACAGCUUUGCAGAGUCUAUGGCCCCUUAUGUGGCAGAAUUUAUUGGCACCUAUCUUCUCGUCUUCACCAUCGCCGUCUUUAGCAUAGCCGAGAGUGCGGACUUUGCCGGAACUGCCAUUGGAACUUUGCUAGCAGUCCUGGUGUACAGCUUGGGCCCUGUUUCCGGUGGCCAUUUCAACCCUGCAGUGUCUUUCGCUUGCGGCCUCACACGGAAAACGCCAUGGCCUCAGGUGAUUGCUUACAUUUUACUGCAGAUCUCGGCAGGGCUUGUGGCCGGCAUCGCUUGCCACGAGAUCUUCCAGCAGCCACUCGGUGUGUCUCCAAUACCCCCCUUUGGCUUUUGGGAUGCAUCCUUCCUGGAGGCACUCUACACAGGCAUGCUCUGUUUCGUGGUGCUUUCCGUAUCUACAUCGAAGAACAACAACCCCGACCGCGACCAGAACCACUACUUCGGACUCGCCAUCGGACUCGUCAUCGUUGCUGGUGGACAUGCAGCCAGUGGGAUCUCCGGUGGGAUCUUCAAUCCAGCAGUGUCCCUUGGCCUGGAGAUUGUGGGAGCUCGGGCUCCUGCUGCAGCUGCAGGGCCAUGGGGCUUGGCUUUUGCUGGGAUGCAGAUCUUCGGCGCAACGAUGGCUGCCGCCAUGUUCGUGGCAGUGCGUGCCGCAGAGCUCCGCAACGGUGAAGAGCCACUCCGAGAACAACUUGGGGAUGCGGGGGGUUCGCUUCUCUCGAAGUUGUUAAGUGAGUUUUUGGGCACUUUUCUCCUGUGCAUCACCGUGGGACUGAGCAUGGUGAUGCACUCGAUCUCGACGCCAUGGGCUGCCUUUGCAGCCCUUGCCAGCAUGAUCUAUGCAGUGCACGACAUCAGUGGCGGGCAUCUGAACCCGGCAGUCACAGCUGCAGUUGUCUUCAGUGGUCGAGGGAAGUGCCCUGCUGGCCGCGGUGUGGCAUACGCAGCCGUCCAGCUCCUCGCCGGCUCUUUGGCUGGUGCUAUCACGGCAGCCUACCAGAGCCAGAGCAUGUUCAUGGUGAAAGAGAUCAGCUUGCAGCCCAAGCUGCCGUACAGCUGGAUUGCGGUUCUAGUUGUCGAGACAGCCUUUACAUCACUGCUCGCCUUCGUGGUUCUCAGUGUGGCAACUGCUAAAACUCCGGAUGCUGUAUCAUCGCAGAACUUUCCAUUCGGUUUUGCGAUCGGAGCCUGCGUUUUGGUGGGUGGCUUUGCUUCCAGCUCGAUUUCCGGCGGCAUCUUGAAUCCAGCUGUGGCAUGGAGCAUCGCCACUACAGAAAGCGCAACAUUUAACAACCUGCAGCUAUUGACUUACUGCUUGACAUACUGUUUAUUCCAAUUUGCCGGAGGGCUGCUAGCUGCUGUGGUUUUCCGAGGCGAUUGGUGCCUUCGUGUUGGCCCUGGUGGAGUCGACCUCAAUCGGAAUUGGGAUGAACACUGGCAGGGUGACGAGUCGUUUGGUGGGGACACGAAUCCAGGUCGGCUGCCCUUCAGCGAGCCAGAGACGCAGCUUCUGAAGGAGUUAGUCUCAGACUUCCAGCCAACGACAUUCCUGACCAUCCACAGUGGAACACUAGGAAUGUAUAUGCCCUGGGCCUUCGACAUGGAGCACUUGGCGAAUCGCAAUCAGGCCUCCAUGAUGGAGAUUUUGAAGGAAGUGGACCAGGCCCACUGUGAAUGCCCCUUCGGAGCGGCUGGGCGCGAGGUCGGCUAUUCCUGCCCCGGUACCUGCCUGGACUGGGUCUACGACAAACUUCAGACUCCGUAUGCAUUUGCCUAUGAGAUCUUCUAUGGAGGUGACCUCGAAUCGCUCCGACAGCGGUGGGAGGAGAAGAUGGAGUUACCAGACGCCUCGCAACUUCAGGCACAAAAUCUGGCACACGAGCACUUCAAGGACAUGUUCGAAGACUUCCCCUCAAGCUUCAUCCAGGUCCACUCUGAAACCAACGCGACCAAGACCAGCUCAGAGACCAUUACAGGCUUCGCAUGUUUCGGGGCGUUCAACCCCGCGACGGAAGAACAGUACCGUGCGACCGUAGAAAACUGGUCCGGGGCUUACCUGGACACGGUCAGCAAG